GGGCGGAUGGGCAGAGCCCGGCGGGUUCGUGCUCUGGCGGAGGUUGGUUGUCCGCUGCAGGCUGCGCGACCGCCGCCCCCCGUCCGCAGGAGACCGCCGCGGACAAGCAGUUCAUGAUGUCAAUCAAAAAGGAAGGUGCCCACAGGAAAUGGGCUGCCCUGAAGGAGAAACUCGGGCCCCAGGAUACUGACCAGUCAGAGGCCAACCUGGAAAAUGCAGAGCCAGAGCUGUGCAUCCGUCUCCUGCAAAUGCCAUCAGUGGUGAACUACUCUGGGCUGAAGAAGCGUCUGGAGAGCAGUGACGAUGCUUGGAUGGUCCAGUUCCUGGAGCUGUGUGGACUGGACCUCCUCCUGGAGGCUUUGGACAGGCUGUCUGGCAGAGGGGUGGCCAGGAUUUCUGACGCCUUGCUACAGCUCACCUGCAUUAACUGUGUUAGAGCAGUCAUGAAUUCCCACAGAGGCAUUGAAUACAUUGUGAGCAAUGAGGGCUAUGUCAGAAAACUCUUCCAAGCACUUGACACAACUAAUGUCAUGGUGAAAAAACAAGUAUUUGAACUCCUGGCUGCACUGUGCAUUUACUCAUCAGAUGGCCAUGGUUUGGCUUUGGAUGCCCUGGACCAUUACAAGAACGUGAAGAACCAGCAGUAUCGAUUCAGUGUCAUAAUGAAUGAGCUGUCGAACACAGAUAAUGUGCCAUACAUGGUGACACUGCUGAGUGCUAUCAAUGCCAUCAUACUUGGGAAAGAAGACCUAAGAACAAGAACACAGAUCCGAAAUGAGUUCAUAGGUCUUCAGUUGUUGGAUAUUUUAGACAAGCUAAGAGACAUAGAGGAGGAGGAUCUGCUUAUCCAGUGUGAUACAUUUGAAGAGUUCAAGAUUGAAGAUGAUGAGGAAUUAUUAAAGAUAUGUGAUGGGAUAAACAUGAAUGAUCACCAUGAGGUCUUUUCAUCUCUCUUCAAUAAGGUGAGCCGCUCCCCAGUCUCCAUCCAGCUGCUGUCCAUCCUGCAGAGCUUGCUCCACUUGGAACCAUCUCAUCACUCCAGCCUCCUGCUGUGGGAGUCCUUGGAUGCGGUAGUGAACAGAGCCCUUUUGCUCGCCAAUGACAUCCAAGGAAACACAGUUGAAGAAGUAAUCGAGAGGCUGUUAUCUGUCAAGAAGCAUCCAAACGAGCAAAAACGAGCUGAAAAACAUCUUUCUGGGAAUGCAAAUGGAGGCAUCCAGACUGAACUAGAACCAUGCACGAGUGCAGUUCAGAGCCUGGUGGGAUCACCAAACCCCUGCAAGACAACAGAAGCUCCCUCAGGGCCAAAAGCCUGUGAAGAGAAGACCACAUCCUCGCAGCUCUCAGCCUGCUUCACCUCACCACAAACUUCUAACCCUCCACCCAACGCUGUUCCUGCCCCUCCACCCCCACCGCCUCCACCCCCACCACCUCCACCCCUGCCCUCUAGCCCAGCAGCCUCCAUGAAUUCACCACCAGCCCCACCACUCCCUGGCAUCCCUCCUCCUCCACCUCCAUUACCUGGUAUGGCAGUCAUCCCUCCUCCACCUCCAUUGCCUGGCAUGGGGGGCAUCCCUCCUCCACCUCCAUUGCCUGGCAUAGGGGGUAUCCCACCUCCACCCCCAUUGCCUGGCAUGGGGGGAAUCCCACCUCCACCUCCAUUGCCUGGCUUGGGGGGAAUCCCACCUCCACCUCCAUUGCCUGGCUUGGGGGGAAUCCCUCCUCCACCCCCACUGCCUGGCAUGGGGGGCAUUCCACCUCCACCCCCACUGCCUGGCAUGGGGGGCAUUCCACCACCACCCCCACUACCUGGCAUGGGGGGCAUCCCACCCCCUCCACCACCAUUGCCUGGCAUGGCAGGAGAUCACAUAGAAGCUGUUGUAGCCUCCCAGAUCAGCUGCCCUCUCAGCUCCAUCAGGCCUCCAUACAAGGCAGUGAAGACACCAACAUUGAGAAUGAAGAAGCUAAACUGGCAGAAGCUGCCCUCCAACGUUGUGAGAGAAAGUCAUUCAAUGUGGGCUUCAGUGAGCAGCAGCAGCGAGGAAACCAUAGAGCCUAAUUACACAAGCAUAGAGCAGCUGUUUUGCUUUCCACAACCAACCCCUAAGGAGAAAACAGCCGCACCAGUGAAGGCAGAGCCAAAGGAGAUCACAUUUUUGGACUCCAAGAAAAGUCUCAAUUUGAACAUAUUUUUGAAGCAAUUUAAAUGCUCCAAUGAAGAGGUGGCUGCCAUGGUCCAGAAUGGAGAUCGGACCAAGUUUGACGUUGAGGUUCUAAAGCAGCUGCUGAAGCUGCUGCCUGAAAAACAUGAGAUAGAAAACCUGAAGGCCUUCAAAGAAGAUAAGUCGAAGCUAGCAAACGCAGAUCAGUUUUAUCUUCUCCUCCUUCAGAUUCCCAGCUAUCAGCUACGGAUUGAAUGUAUGCUGAUCUGUGAAGAGACUACUGUUGUUCUGGACAUGAUUCAGCCAAAAGCUGAAGCCAUCCGGAAAGCCUGCGAAGAUCUUCUGACCAGUCACCGUCUGCCGCUCUUUUGUAAACUGAUUCUCAAAGUUGGAAACUUUCUGAACUACGGAAGUCACACAGGCGAUGCUGAUGGGUUUAAAAUCAGCACUUUACUCAAACUAACAGAAACCAAAGCAAACCAAACCCGCAUUACGCUGCUCCACCAUAUCCUGGAGGAAGUAGAAAACAGCCACACAGACCUACUGGAACUGCCGGAGGACCUUGAAUAUGUUUCAAAAGCAGCAGGAAUUAAUCUUGAUAUUAUACGCUCAGAGUCCAGUGCCAAUUUUAAAAAGCUGCUGGAGCUCCAGCGAAAGGUCUCAUCAGCAAAUGACGACGUGAAACAGCAGUAUGAGAAACCUAUCCAGGAUAGCAUUGAUGCCUCUAGAAAACUGGAAGAAGAUUUUGAAACCAUUGACAGGAAGAGAGAAGAACUUGCAAACUAUCUCUGUGAGGACCCAAGCAAGUUGUCCUUAGAGGAUGUAUUUAGCACCAUGAAGACUUUCAGAGAUCUCUUCAUCCGAGCCCUAAAGGAAAACAAAGACAGAAAGGAACAAGCUGCAAAAGCAGAGAAGAGGAAGAAACAGCUGGAAGAAGAAGAGGGGAAGAGACAGAAGGGAGAAAAUGGAAAAGUCAUUAAGAAGGGGUUGGUGAAGCAGGAGGAUGUUUGCGUCAUUGAUGCACUGCUGGCUGACAUAAGGAAAGGGUUCACACUGAGAAAGACGAAGAACAGACACGAGUCAGAUGCAGUUCCUAAAACCUUGCCUGCGGAGAUCCCAGAGGAGAGCCGGUCUGGAAAGAGCAUUAAGGAUCCGCAAGCAGGAGGACAGCAGAUGGAUGAUAAAGCCAAGCAAAACAACGGUCAUCCUUCAGAAAGCACUCUGUCCUUGGCCGCUGCCCUACCAGAGAUGGGUAGAGAUGUUGGAGAUGUCUCAGCUCCAAACCAGGCAUUACCUGAAAAUAAUGCUGAAGGAAAUUUGCCGCCAGGGUCUAGGACAGAAGGCCCUUUGGUAAACUUAGUGGAAGCUGAUGGAGAUGGGCAGGGUGCUGGGAUGGCAAGCCUCCAGCCAGGCCUGGGUAGCGGUGCCAUUUCCUUCUCUGCUACUAACAUAGGUGCCAAUAUAACAUUUGUCAGCAGCAGCUCUGGUGCUGCUCUAAAAGAGCAGCUCAAUGGGUCCAUCUCUGAAGAGCAGGACAACAAAUGCAGCUUGGAGAGCUGCAGGCCAGCUCAGGACAUCCAGCUGAGCCAGAAUGGAGGCAAUCCCAGCACUCCAUCCAUUCCCUGUGAUGGUGCACAUCAGGCUGAGUUGAAAGAGAUGGCAAAGGAAAACGAAGACCCUGGUACAGACUCACUGUUGGACACUUCCCAAGAGAAAUCCUUUUCAGAGGAGCCAGCCACCGACUCUUCUUGUUCGGCAACACUGCCUCCAGGGGAAACACACACUGACAGGGAAAAGCAGAGGACAUCUGGGAAACGGAGAAAGAAGAAGAGGCACAGCAAAAGCUACUCAGAGGUUGAGACUGAUUCUGGAGAUUAUAAAACAAAAAAAGGUUGUGUGGUACAAUGAGGCAUUACAGCAAGGCAGAAGAAAUAACGGAGGCCCGGAGACAUGCUAACUCAUCCCCAGAGCACUGCCAGCCUCUCGGAAGCCAGGCUCUGCAUCACCAGAAGGCCUCCUGCCCUGACUGGACAUCACACUCCUCCUGAUGCAGCCUUCCACCCUUUGCCCAAAGGCCCAAUGAGCCACCAUGGAGGCUUCAGCACCCUCAGCCCGUGCCUUAUGUGACCUGCGUUGUGCCCCAAGGGUGUCUGUGUGGUCAUGGUCCAGAUUGAUGCAGCAGCAGGGAAGGCACAGGCCUCUAAGCCUCCAUCCUAAUGCCCAACGUCCCUUCCUGCUCUUAGGCCAAACUUCUCUUAACACAAUGGCAAAACAUGGCCCAGCAUUCAACCCUCGGGAAAUUUUAAAAAUAGCAGUGCCUCAAAUAAAUUGAGGGUAUGAAUCCAGCAGUGGCUGUACCCUCGCAGGGGGAAGUGUUAUCCCUCAUUUUAUCACCCGCACUCAGUUCAUAUUUGGCCAGGACCAAGACCUAAAAUGUAUUUGUGUUCUCUAUCAUUGAAAGCAAGCAAAAUCAAUUACAAGAACAACAACAAAAGUAUGCAUUUUGGUCAACAUAUGGCUGUGUAAACAGCAUCUGGCUCCCAGGUAACGCUUAUGUGCAAUUAAGUUGAAGCAUGGCUGUGGUCCUGCAGUAAUCUCACACGCACAGCUACAUACAUAAAAUUUGGUGAAGUAGGGCCCCAGUUCCUGCAAAAGAAAAAAGUUUUCCAGGGUACUGUGUUAAACACAUUUUCAGCUCAUCCUUUAGUAAGUCUCCGGGUUUAAAUCCCAUUCUCAGCUGCUUGCACUCUUUAGUCUUUGCAUUCAAGCUGCAGAACGUGUAUUUUCACAUUACUUUUGCUUUGAAACUGGGAACGUGCAGUAUUGUGUUUUUAAAGAUUCAGAGCUUUAUUUCUCAAGUUUUGUAAUAAUGUUGUACCAUAGUUUUGUACAUAGCUGUCAAUUUAAAAUGAUCUAUGCUUGUUGAAUCUGUGGUGUGAUACUGUGCUGAAACAGGAAUCAAGCAGAAGAGAUUAUUAUAUUUAAGAACUACGCCUUUAUAUGGUAACCUGCUCUGUCUAGACUAAUGUUCAGGAUAAACCUUAUUUUGCUUUGCUCAAUAGGAAUAAUAACAUCCUCACAAUGUUGAAGACUUUGCUGGACUGAGGUAAAGGUUAUGCCAAGAAUUAAAUCAAUGGUUUAUUUUAACCAAAGCAUUGUUACUGAGAAUUGUUAACAAAAGCAAAGAUGUGUUUGGAGUAGGUGCAUGGACAGACUCAGCUCAGGAAGCCUUGCAGAGCAGCACAACUGUGUUGCAGCUGAAUUCACGUUCCUGGCUGGCAGAAGCAAGCUGCAAAACCAAAUAACCCACCCCAGGUUUGACGUGCGAGACCACUGUGUCACAUUGAAAAUGUUUUCUCCUUUUUUCUCCUCUAUUCCAGUCUCUGAGUGUAUCACCCAAGAAUCAGUUCUUCUUGCAGUCAUUAAUCAAGUUUCUCUGUUCUCAGAUUAGACUCCAGCCUACAAAAGUCCAAUUAGAAAACAUUUUCCCAGCAGCUUUGCCUCCUCUGUGUUGCCAGCAGGAGCCUGCAGCCCAGAUUCACAGUGAGCAGCCAGCCUCCUCCAGCCCACCCUGCUGAUUUAUCGAUAGGAAUGAAAUUGCUGUCAGUAUUUGGGAACAAGCAAGGCUUUUUGGUGUUACCUGCCGAGGGCCUUCAAAGAGAGGGCAUUUGGCAUUAUAUUCCCAAUGCCUUCAAGAGUUUAUGGAGAAACUGGUAUUUUGAGCCACUGCUGGUUCUUUGUUCUGCAGCCAUUUUUGAAAACUAUAAUAAAUUGUCUGUUAAAAUCAAAUCCCAAUCAACAGAUCAAAGCACAGUAUUUAUAAUGUAUUACUCCAAAGCAGCUCUGCUUCCAUUACUGCGAUUAUUUAGCAAGAACAGGGGGAUGGAGUCAGCAACUCAAAGAAAGAUGCUCAACUGGGAUGUGCAGUUUUGCUCUAUUUGUCACUUUAGAAGUUCAUUUUUCAGUGUUUGUAAGACCAAAUCAGUUGUUGGUAAAAACAAUGAAAUUUGCAGCUAUUUUAACAGGUAUGCAUUCAUUUAAGCCAACAGUGAGUUUAAACCUCAGAAGAGAAUUCCUGUGGUUAUAUUACAGCAAAUGCACAUGGAGUCGAUUAUGUAAACCAGCCUGUGAACACCACAAGUUCCUAGCCGUCAAAUAACUGCAUAUUCCUCAAAUAAGCAUUGUCUAUAUGAUAAAAAUGAAGUUGUGGAUGAAAUCUGCAUAAGUUUUUUCCAAGUACUUCGCAUCAAAAUGUGGAUAUGUUUUAAAGGCUGGAAUUGGAAUUUCAGGGCUUUUUUGUUUUGUUUUAAUUUCAUUACUGAAAAUAUUUCAAAAUUUAAAAUAAAA